AUGGUCAAAAAGCACUCUCUUCUCAAUUCUCCAGACCAGUUGCAGAGACGUAUCAGCACAGAGCUUCAUCAGCUGAUUAUCAAAAUGUGGCAAAGUUAUACUGCCAUCUAUGUUCUCAAGGCCUACAAUACUUACGAUGACUUUCUUCAAGACGAAUAUUCUCUCUUGUCAACAGUCAUCAUUUCUAUUGGUUUCAUGAUACUGAUACUUGCGUUGGCUUGCUGCUGUGCCUACAUCCGUGAGUCCAAGGUUCAACUGGGAAAGCUCAUGGUCAUUAUCCUGAUGAUCUUCGUUGCAGAAGUGGCAGCCUUUGUUCUUGGAUGUAUUUAUAGAGGAAAGAUAAAAACAGAUGUGCAUGAACCAAUGGUACACAAAUUCGUGGUCUAUGAUGGGGAAAGGGAGUCUUCGGCCAUAGAUAAAUUACAAAGGGAGCUUCAGUGCUAUGGCAUCCUCAACUACACAGACUGGAUCGGUAGCCAGUGGUACAAUUCUUCCGGCAAGAACAACAGUGUACCCUUGAGUUGCUGCAAGAUAGAUGUUAGCAAGAACUGCAUUGGACGGGUGAAUGAGACAAAAUUUCUCAAUACUCAGGGUUGUGAAGACAAAGUGAAAUCUGUUCUACAGCAUGCCCUUAUCUAUACUAUGGUUAUCAUCCUCAGCUUUGCCAUUAAAUAUUAUCUGUGUGGUUAA